GGUCCCAGAAUGCAGUUCCAGGCUCUUCUGGACACGUUGGUGCUCACGGACAAGGGGGCCCGUUUUGAAGUGCUGGAAGCAGGAAGUCAGACCAAGCUGCUGGCGUGUGUGUCGCCCUGCAAGAACCACACAGUGAGGAUUGUCAUCGACGAGCUGGAGCCCAUCAAAGCGCGCUACCGAGUGCAAGACGUGCUCACCCAGGAGCCGCAGUGUGAGAGGUUGAGAGUGGUCCGGCGAGACGGAGACUCGGCGACCAUCUCGUGGGCUCUGGGGCGGGCCGCGUGCCGCGUGUGGCGACGGCCCUUCGGCGUGGAGAUCCUGUGCGAGGGCCAGGCGGUCGUCACCUUCAACCCUCAGAGCAAGCUGUGGUUCGAGGCGCUGCGGGGACCUCCCGAUUCAAACCCCGGCCGACCUGAGGAGGACGAUCUAUGGAGAGAGACCUUCCGCACCUUCGUGGACAUCAAAGCAAACGGCCCCAGCAGCAUCGGUGCCGACCUGCGUCUCCAUGGAUUCCAGCACGUGUACGGAGUGCCGGAACACGCCGACAGUCUGCGCCUGGCGGACACCAGAGAUGACGAACCUUACCGCCUGUACAACCUGGACGUGUUUGCCUACGAGCUCAACAGUCAUCUGGGCCUGUACGGCAGCGUGCCUUUCUUGGUGGCCCACAGGCCCGAGCGGACCCUGGGGAUCUUCUGGAUGAACAGCUCCGAUACUUUUGUCCACAUCAACUACAAUGGCGGCGAGGAAAAGGUACCAUUCAGACUCCCUCCGAGACGGAACAACAAGGACGACACCGAGACUUACGCUGACGCCCACUGGCUGUCUGAAAGCGGCGUGAUUGACUGCAUGGUUCUCCUGGGACCACAACCCUGGCAGAUGUACCGCCAAUACGCUCAGCUGACCGGAUACCAGGCCCUGCCGCCUCUCUUCACCCUGGGCUACCAUCACUCCCGCUGGGACAACGACACCGAGGAGGACCUGAAGGCCGUGGACGCCGGAUUCGACCGCCACAACAUCCCGUACGACGUGAUGUGGCUGGACAUAGAGCACACCGACCAGAAGCGUUUUUUCACCUGGAACUCGGAGUUGUUCCCUGAUCCGGCCCGCUUGCAGCGCCACCUGCAGGAGAAGAACAGGAAGAUGGUGGCGAUAAUUGACCCAUCCACCAUGGUUGAUCCUGAUUGGUCCAUUUACCGCGAGGGGCGGGACGGAGGCUACUUCGUAAAGGACAGAGAAGGACAGAUUUUUAAGGGCAAUUGCUGGCCAGGCGAGUCCAGUUACCCUGAUUUCAGCAACCCCCGUACCCGGGCGUGGUACUCCUCGUGCUUCGCCCUGGAUAGAUACAAGGGCUCCACGCCGUCGCUGUACGCCUGGCUGGACAUGAACGAACCCACCGUGUUCUCUGGGCCCGAGCUGACGUUGCCGAAGAAUGCAAUGCAUUAUGGGGGCUGGGAACACCGGGACUUGCACAACCUAUACGGCUUUCACCAGCAAUUGGCAGCAAUGGAGGGCCUGGUGACACGCUCAGGUGGCACAGAGAGACCUUUUGUACUGUCCCGCGCAUUCUUCGCCGGGUCCCAGAGACUAGGAGCGGUGUGGAGCGGCGAUAACCUCGCUACCUGGGGUUACCUGAAGAUCUCAAUCCCCAUGUGUCUGUCCACAUGUGUAGCAGGGCUCUCCUUUUGUGGAGCCGACGUCGGCGGCUUUAUCCCUGAACCGGAUUUGGAGUUGCUGAUCCGGUGGUACCAGGCUGCCAGCCUGCAGCCGUUUUUCCGAGGUCACUCGUCGAUGAACACAAAACGCAGGGAGCCCUGGUUGUUUGAGGAGACUGCCACCAACACCAUACGACGUGUUAUUGAAGACAGGUACCGUUUGCUGCCUUAUUGGUACACGCUCUUCUACCGGGCACAUAUCCAUGGCCUUCCUGUGCUCAGAGCUUUAUGGAUGGAGUUCCCGAAGGAGCGCAGCAUCUUCAGCGUGGACCACCAGUACAUGCUUGGGGAUGCACUGAUGGCGUGUCCCGUCACGGAAGCCGCCGUUAGGGAGAUUCCAGUCAUCCUUCCCGGGGCAGAGCAGGUUUGGUAUGACGUUGAAUCUGCAGAAGCACUGCAAGGAGGCAAGACAAUAAGUGUUCCAGUAACUUUGGACACUAUUCCGGUGUACCAGCGAGGAGGCUCGGUGGUCUGCAGAGCGGCAGCCGUCGGGACUUGUACCGCCGACCUCCAGGAAAUGCCCCUGUCCAUUACGGUGGCUCUGGACUCUGAGGGCGGUGCCAAAGGUGAGGUGUACCUGGACGACGGCCACUCCUUCGCCUACCGCGACAAAAAGGAGUUCUGCCUGCGCUCGUUCCAUAUGCUCUCUGGACACCUGCGGUGCCGGGCGGCCGGGGAGGAAGAAAACUUUGACCGCCACACUACGGUGCAGUCGGUCACCGUCUUGGGGGUGAAGCGCAAACCGUCCUCGGUGGUCGUGCACGUGCCAGGGGCGGAGAGAAACCCGGCGGAGUUUGAGUACAACGAGGAGCGUCGCUCGCUCGCCCUGGACGGGUUGAAACUCAGCGUGGCGAAGGACUGGGACAUAGAAAUAUGUUGAUAGUAAUGCUGAG